UAGAUUAGUCAGCCAUAUUAAAAAUUUACAAAACGAUAUCGUGGUUGAUGAUAAUCAAAAUGGGGAAUUAGCGGUGGCACCUGUCAAGUGUGGAUUUAUAAUUUUUUUAACACGGUCGAGUAAAAAUGAACCAUGCACGUGUUCGAUACAGAAGGAGCCGAUGUAACGCAUGUCAGAAUUGUUUGAGAGAAAACUGUGGCACUUGUAUGCAUUGUAAAGAUAAGCCAAGGUUUGGUGGACCUAAUACUUUGAAACAAUGCUGCCUGAAUAAAAUAUGCUUGAAUCCUAACACAGUUCCUUCCAUCUAUUUUGCGCAUAACAAGCGGAGACUUAAGCCAAAACCUAAGCUUAGGCCUAAGCCUAAAACACGCCCCCGGAAAUGGAAACUGCCGGAGUCUUGUGUUCUACUUAGAAACAUUUGUGACGAGCGAGUGUUAAGUAGUUUUCGGAACACAUCCCUAAAAGCUGAAAUGAGCCCCGAAGAAACGACGGCCACUGCUAGCAAAGGUUUGGAUGAUUCAGAAACAAAUCAAAAGUUAUGGCGAUCGCAAAGGAAGCGGAAGGCGAAUGUUCAUUACUUUAAACCUGAUGAAUAUGUACCAACAUUAAAAUCCCGGAAAAAGGAGUGUGUGAUAAAAUUCAACCCUCUAGAGGACGUCGAUGUUGGUAAAUUAAUAGAGCACUUAGAAAUUCAAAACGAGACUGACAGAGAGGCCUUGUUUGUGAAAAAACAAAAACGAUGUGAAAUGUUCAAAACAAAAUAUUCUAAACCACAGACUGCAAAAACGAAGAAGAAGAAAUUAAGACCUUUUGAAUAUUUGCAGUCUUCGAUCGUCAUCAAGAGUGAACCGGGUCUCAGCCCGCCACGUUUGACACCACAGGACUCACGUGACCCGGAGAUAGCGCAGGAAAGUUCGAAACAUACGCAUGAACACGGCCCACCAGUGCUAGAGCCGUGUAAAAAUGAAAAAGAAACAUCAUUUAGAGUGAGUUUUUCUGGUCGAUGUUGUAAAAUUAACGAUCCCUAUUCUCAGGAAUUUUAUACAGACUUUAGAAAGAUUCCAAAUGUGAGGUACAAAAAAUUAACGAAGAAGAAACAAAGAGAAGAAGACAAACAGUCUAACAGUGAAAUAGAUAAAACCCAUCAAAUGCAAGAAAAAACAGACAUCAAGGAAUCUACGUGUGCUGCCUUGAAAUCGACAGAACAACUACAGAGGAUAGAUAGUAGGACGGUAAAAAAGGAUAUAAUGGCGAAAUCACUGGACAAAAUGAUGGAGAAGGCAGAGAUAGACAAACACAACAGCAAACCCGAGAACAGAAUUCCAGUGUAUCAGAACCAGAUCAUGGAAACUGUCAAAGAGCUGGCCAAGGAAAAGAAAUUUGUCAAGUUUUUCCAGCUGAAUGUGGGUGAUAAACUUAUUUUUAUUCCGACUGAUGGAACCACUGUUAUCCCGAAAGCAUACGUUUUGAAUAAAGCCCCCGGAGCCACGAAUGUUUCUAUAGAAACUCACAAGAAAAGCCACAUAACUGACCAAGGAACAACGAUUGCGUCGAUUGAGCAGAACACGACGACACAACCGUCAGAACAAGUCGAUCUUAGUAUAGUGAAAGAGGAACCCUUGGAGAGUGGGGACGACGAAUCGCUGCCAAAAAUAACUAGUGUGUUCAGUCUCUCGUCAAACGCCGAUAAGGACAGUACGGACAACGAAGUUCCGGCUGAUCCUCAGUUAAACUGUGCAUCUGAUAUAAAGGUUCUGACUGAGAACUCCAAUAAGGAGACAACCGAAUGGCCUUUUGAAAACUCGGCUUCAAGAAAAUUGAAAAGUCUUAUAAACCUUGAUAUGACGAAACAAAUACAAUUGAUUAAACAAUCUCCAGACACAGAGACACGGCAACUGCAAAGCUUACUCAACCACACGGUAUCAACAAUUUGUGACAAUCGCCAUACAACAGCGACAAAGCACAGUGUACUUCUGAAAGGAGAGACGAGAGAGGUGCCGACUGCGAAAGGUGCAGCUGAUUCGGUGAAAAUCUUAAUAGACAAGUCAGGUAUUCAUUAUUACAAGACACCAGACACAGUAACUGAUAAGACAUCACCUGAACAGAAUUCUGCAGCGGUGAACAAAAUGGUUCUUCCAAACUUUGGAAAGUUAGAACCUCUUGAAAAAGUUACAAGUAAAGCAUUGAGUGACACUUUAACUUUAUCUAAGACGUCAUUUCUCGUACAAAAACAAACUCCUUCCAGGGUACCAUCUCCUAAGGCUGUUCUCCAGGAUCCACCACCUAAAACUGUACUCCUGAAUUCAUCACCUAAAGCUGUUCUCCAAGAUCCGCCAUCUAAACCUGCUGUCCAGAAUCCAUUACUUAAAACUGUUCUUCAGAAUCCGCCACCUAAAUCUGUACUCCAAGAUCCACCACCUAUCUCUCUCCAGGUGCCACAACCAAUCGCCCCUCAACCUGCACAACCAAAAUUGAUUCUCAUUCCACAAGCAAAUUCAUCAAAUUCCUCCCCAAGAGCCGCAGUGUUUGUAACCUCUACGCUAGCAAACACACGGUUACAGAGUCUUUUAUCGAAUUCUAAAGUACAGUUUGUCAACAGCAAACCACAGACAAUUGUGAGAAGUACUGAAGUAAAAGUAAAGAAACCUGCAACUCAGAUGAUUGACUACACGGGGAUAUCUACUGGAGAAGUUUGUAGAUCCCCAGCUAAGCCACUAUUUCUUUUCCCAAAUAAAUCGAACUCGGAUUAUCAAUCCAUUCCUCUCAGUACCACAAGUCAGGUGGUAACAAAUUUACAGAGUCUGGUAUCUCAGUCUUCACAAGGAUUUAUCCCACUGAGUACCCCAGUCUCUCGAAUCGGUGUUUUUUCCAAACCUAAAGUGAAAAACGCCAAUGCAAAGAGCACAUGCGCAGUGACGUCUUCUGUGCAGAGACCUGUAAACUCCGUAUCAGAGGGCGCGCCCAUUAACAAAUUAGUUACAAGCAAAACGACCGCAUUUGACCGAGUAAAGACAUCCGAAAAUAAAAGUAACACAACACAGAGCUAUUUUCAAGAUGAUAAAAAACAUGUCGGGACGAGCGGCCAAGAAUGGAUUAGAGUUAAAUCGGAGCCGGGAGACAAACACGAGUUCGAAGCUGCCAUACUGACAGAGAUAAAGAAAGAGAGAAGUGAUAGCGAAACCGAAAGUGAAACAGAGACUGCUGGAAACAGUGAUGAUUUUAUUCCCAAAGAAAAGAAUCGAAGAAAAAAGCAUCGGAUAGACUACACCUUUACGCAUGUGCGAACAGAACAAGCAGAAGAGACAGACACAAAAGAGCGGAUCCGCCGACUAAGAGAAAAGCUGCGCGAGCAACAGGAAGAAUGCGAGAGUCUCAAAAAGACUUUAUUGAACGACGGCACUGAGGCAACGUGACAUCACAAGAUGAAUUUUAUCUGAACUAUUUUAGUUAUUAUCUUCUAAAAGAUGAUCAUUUACUGAAAUAAACGUUUUACAGAAAGACUUUAUUGAAUGACGACAGUGAGGCAACAUGAUUUCACGAAAUGAAAUUUAAAAUGACUGAAUUGUUUAAUAUUUUGUCUUCGUUAUUUUCUCGUGUUGAUUAUUUUAUGACAAAGUAAAAUAUGUACCAAUUAAAAAAUAUUUG